CUUCUUUCAAUCUCGCUGAUGUUAGACGUCCCAAGGCCACUUUCACCACACCUCAAAACACACCUCAAGACCAAACUCAACCAUGUACCAAGCGUUUAUCAGUCGCUCAAGGCCGGCUGUGUCCAACCUCGGCCAACGCAUCCAGUCAGCGGAUCCCUCCCAGCGUCGAAGACACAUCGUACGCUCGGAUACCUAUCGCCGGGACAGCUUCGAACCCGGUCACAUCCCGCUCAGUUCGCUGCGGGUGCAGGCCGCGGCCUGGGGCGUUGCAGGGGCGGGCAUCUUCGCCACCCUGCAUGGAGUGUAUAUGAUGCUGCGGUCGUUCCGGCAGAUCCGCUACCUCUAGGAUAAGGAGGAGAUGAAAAUGAUGGAUGGUCUAG